AUGUCGCAUCAGUAUCCUCCUAACCAACCUCCUUAUCCUCCUUACGGUGGCUCUUCUCACGGUCCUCCAAUGCAUCCGGGACAACAGCCCUAUGGAGGACCACCAGGAGCACCACCCUUCCCGCCUUACCCUCAGCAGGGCCAGCACAACCCCACGUUCCAGAACCCCCCGUAUCCCAAUGCCGGCGGUCCUCCUCAGCAAUUCGGCCAUUCUCCCAGCUUCCCCCCACAAGGUCACUCUCCUUACGGUGGUCCACCCCAGGCUCCGUACGCUGGACAUCAGGGCGGUCAUGGGUUCCCCCCUGGCCCCCCGCAUGGUCCUCCUCAGGGCCCUCCUCAGGGCCCUCCUCAGGGCCAGCAUCAGAGUCAGCAUAUGUAUCAGAGCCAGUAUCAGGGCCCUCCUCAUGGGGCGCCGCCCAUGCCAGGUCCUCAUGGACACCAACCGUACCCGUCUCCGUCGUUUCCACCACAAGCUCAGUUCCCCAGCCAGCCGGCCAUCCCAUCGCUGGGGUACACACCCGGUCAGAUCGCUCCCGGCGAUUUCCGUCCUCAAGCAGACGCCCUCCGGAAGUCGAUGAAGGGAUUCGGCACCGACGAAAAGGCAUUGAUUGCCGCGGUCAGCAAAUUGGAUCCCUUACAGAUGGCUACUGUCCGCAAGACCUACUCCGAGUAUCUGCGUCGCGAUCUCUACAAGGACGUGAAGUCUGAAACCAGCGGAUAUCUUCGCCAGGGCCUGCUGGCCGUUAUUGACGGUCCACUGACCCACGAUGUCACAUGCGUCCGGGACGCCGUGGAAGGCAUGGGCACGAAGGAGUGGAUGCUUAACGACGUCCUGCUUGGUCGAUCGAACGCCGAUCUUCAAGCCAUCAUGUCCGCGUAUCAACGCAUCUACAACCGCUCUCUGCAGAAAGACGUGGAAAGCGACCUCUCCUUCCAGACUCAGGGGCUGUUCAAGACGGUCUUCCGCUGCCAGCGCCACGAGGAAUCCAUGCCUCUUGACCCGCGCAUGAUCGAAGAAGAAGCCAAGUCCAUCCAUUCCGCGACCGCCGGCCGAAUGACCAACAACGUUGAGGAGGUCUGCGGUAUCUUCGCCCGCUCAUCGGACGAGGAGCUCCGUGCCAUCAGCCAGGCCUAUGGCCAGCGGUACAACACGUCUUUGGAGAAGGUCGUCGAGAAGGAGUUCUCCGGUCACAUGAAAGACGCUCUCCUGCAUAUCCUGCGCGGCGCGUUGGAUCCGGCCAUGCGUGAUGCCAUUGCGUUGGAAGACUGCAUGAAGGGAAUGGGCACCAAGGACGAGAAACUGGUGGUGCGCGUCGUGCGCGUGCAUUGGAACCGGGCGCAUCUAAACCAGGUCCGAGGAGCUUAUCAGCAUAAGUACCAGAAGGGCUUGGUCGACCGGAUCAAGGGCGAGACUAGUGGGGAUUACCAGCGGUUGAUGGUUGCUCUGGUGGAGUAA